AUGAGAGAAACUGCUCUACAUAUUCCCAGAAUCGCACGUUCUCCAGGCCUCAGUCAAGCUAUAUGGUGUUGCUCGUCGACAAAUUCCACAACCCAGACAUAUAUUCUGCCUUUUUCCCUAGGCCAGGCGAUCUCUUCCAGUGUAUCCUUGCUCCCUGAGCCUUCACCACCAGUGACAGAUACCAAAAAAGCUCUAUUGAUUUCAUCCUAUCUGCGGAAAACAGGAACUCGGUGUGAGACCACAAAUACUCAAAGGCAAUCCACAGCGCAGAAUAUACAUGGCAUGAUGGAGCCUGCCACCUUUGUGGCAGCUGCCAUGUCCCUCGCCUCGCGUCAACUGGACCACAUUGAACAGUGUCAGCAUUCGGUAACAUUAGAACUGUAUCAGUAUACUAUCCGACUACUCUUAGGCCAGGAUCCUACCAUGGCGGAUGCCUCGGUGCUAGCGACUUGCACUCUGCUGUGUCUUUUUGCACUAAUCCCAACCGACUUCUGGAUGGACAACAUGUCAAUUGUGCCCGCCGCGGCAGAUGGAGAUAUUGACAAUUACUGCAACCUGGCCAUCAUUGUAUUUGCGAAAAUAAAAUCAUCUGGCAACCUUAGGAGGAGUAUGGCAGCUCCAUGGAACGAACUUCAAGAGUGGUAUCGACUUCGUCCUAAACAAGUUUAUCCGCUACUAAGGAGCGAGUGCACACCCUCCAAUACCCUAUCUAACAUUGUCUUUACUCAAUCAUCCUCAGCCAGGUAUUUCACGGAUGUUUGUGGGAACACUUUCUACCAUGCCAGUUCCAUCCUACUACUGCAGGAAGGGCUUAUUAUAACAGCACACGUUCGAGAACAGAUGGGAAUAUCCAUUUCGAAUGUGUCACAUACGAAUGGGGUGUAUCAACUACAACCUUUAUACAUCGCAGGCACCGUUCUCGCGGGUUUCCAAAGUUGUUAUACACAGCAGUCAGGGUGGUCAUAUGUUUGGUCAGAGGUACGUCCUGGACUGUCUUCAUCCAAUUCCCCUGGCGACCAGAAUAGUCGCAGUGCAUGUUCAGUGGAAGAGUUCGCCGCCGAGAAGAUAUUGCUUCUCAAGAACUUGGGUCUCAUUGAGCGUGAGACGGGAUGAAAGACUUCUGACCGUGCGGCCGACCUGAGAAAAUCAUGGAGUUUCGAGUAAGAAAUGAUAUCUUGUAUUUAUAAGAUCUGUUGAUGUAUAUUGAUUUGCGAGCCUGGAUCUGAUGCGGCGCACUACUUUUGCUAGUAAGGUACAUGUACCUGCAUUGUCCAAGGUUGAAGUAAGAUGCUAUGAUCAGUCAUUUUUUAAGUUGAAAGUUCAGCCACAUGGUUUCACCAGAAACCUGGAUAUGUGAGAAAUCAAAGGAUAUACAACUGAGUUUUAUUAUGCAGAAGUACCAGAAUUUUCAUAGGCACUAGCUCUAUUUGAAAUCAAGAUAUUGGCUUCUAUCCAGCAUUACC